AUGGCAACAAUUCGAGCAGACUCGAUAGACCCCAAGAAAAUCAGGAAAGGGAUGGAAAAAGCGCCUCCUCCUGUCUGCAGAGACUAUCUAGAUAUGGAUACAGACGAGGAAGAAUUCGGACGUCAAGAAACCCCUGAGCCAGACGAGGAACUCCCUCCAGAGCCGGAAAAACCGGUCUUCACGGAUGAGGAAUUGGAAAGACUUGUGCAGUGCGUGAAGGACUUGACAAUAAUUCCAUCGGAUGUGGAAUUCGUCUGGCCGUUGGAAACCAUAGAACGGAUCCAAGAGUACUUCCACAACCCUGGGAAUACCAUAUUGACAAUUUUUUUCGAAGCAACAGAGUGUAAAGCUCUCCUAGACUUUCCCCUUCAAGCUGAUCAGGGCUUGACUUAUUUCUUGAGGUCCCCUUGGCAAGUUUACACCCCCGAAAACUUCAUGUCGACCGUGAUUUUUGGGAAUUUCAGUGGCAACAUUGAAAAUUCGAUGUUAAAAUUUUUAGAAAUUAUGUAUUCGCCGAUCGCUGUACACAGCGAUAGGUGGCCUGAAGUUAUGAGGGAUGAAAUUUUCUCGGAUUUGAAUCAAUUCCUCAUGAAGUUGACGGAUGCUACGUAUGGUCCUAUGGGCCUGACAAUUCUUCACGUUCCGCGGGAAGGAAUACAGGACGAUAAAACCGAAUCUCUUCUUUGCAACGAUAAAAAUCAAAAGGGGUUUAUUGAGAGAUUAGAGAGAGUUGCUCGAUACUGGAUAAAGCAAAUAAGGGGAGCACUAGAAGGAACUGAUUUACCACCACGUCCCACUUGCGGAACUAUCAUGGAUGAAAUAGAAUUCUGGAAUUACCGAUUUGAAAAUUUGAGUUGUCUUCAUCACCAGCUCAACGAUACCUCGAUUUUGACAAUAGUGAAAACAUUGAAGGAAGUCGAUUCCUCAAGUGUGCAACAGUUUCACCCCCUAACAACGCAAGUGCAUGAAUUAGUAACAGAAGCAAGUUCCAAUGUCAUGUAUUUGAAUUUAUUCGUAGACAGUUGUACGGACUUCGAAGUUCCCAACGGCAUUGAGGCAUAUUCAACGAAAAUACUGCAUCAGAUUCGUUUCGUGGGUUUAGAUUCUAAAUUCUACACCAGCGCGGAUAAAAUUGAUACAUUAUGUCGAGCCCUCGGUACCCAAAUAAUCGAACAAUGCAAGAGCUACGUAAAUUUAGAUACAAUUCUCGAAGGUGAUGUAAGCGAGGGGAAGAAAAUGCUGGAGAAUUCCAUCAAUUGUUGCCAAGAAUUUCUCCAGAUAUUCGAAAGACUGUCUCAAAUGGACGCGCGGUGCCAAGACCUCAUCGAAUUUUCCGACGCUAGAUUUGUCUACGAUACCUGCGAGGAGGUGAAGAUGAUCGGUGGAGCCAGAGGAAUGGAACACGAGUUGCAAUACAAAAAAAUCGAAGAGUCUUUCUCUGAUAUCUUGGAAGAAGUGAAAGAAAUUCGUGAUUUUAUUUUAGACGUUACGACGAAUAUCUGGUUGGAUCGGAUAGUAUCGCUUAGCGAGCGCAUUCAGAAUAUAGACAACAUGGUGAAAAACCUGAUUCACGAGAUAUUCAAAGAUGUUCAGAACAUCGAGGAGGGUAUAGAGGCGCUAUACGCUAUGAAGAGAUUUGCUACAAGGAGAAAUUUGCAAGAGACCAUUCGGCAUUAUUGGACGGUCGUGUGGAAGAUUUUCGAAAGUGAAUUGAAAAACAUUGACAUGCAAGAGGAGAACAUUCUUGAUGAGACAACAAUCACACGCAAUGCUGAAGCCGCGAUGCUUCUGAGGAUUCAGAUCGAUUAUCUGUCGAAUCAAUUCAAUAUUAUGAUUAAUGCUUCCGAUUGGCUGGGGGACAGCAAUGUUCAAGAACGCAUCAUAAAAAAAUAUAAACAGAUCCAAAGUUCCAUUACCGAAAAAGAAAACUCCUUCUUCUCACUUUGGGAAAGAGACGUUCAAUCUGACGUGGAAAUUCGAAAUAUCUUGAAAGAACCAGUUCUUGCGUUCCUGAAACCACCGGACGAAGUAUUUCUCACUGUAAAUAUGGACGAAUCAUACAUCCAAAAUAUGCGAGAAGUAAUAGAAUGGAAAUAUCUGAAAUAUGAUUCAAAAGCAAUGAAUUCAAAGUUCCUCCAGAAAUGGCAGCCGAUCAAAUUGAGAUAUAUGAAGAUUAAAUAUUUAUGCGACCUAUAUAACUCUAUCGUAAAACGCCUGCAUAAGGAGGAACGACUGCUAUUAGAGAAUGCUAUAAAUGAAGUGAAAAAUUCAAUCACUCCUGCUCUACCGAAGUGCACGUGGGCUGUGGAGAAUAUCGAUAAGAUUUAUGCUGAGUGGUUGAAGAAUAUUAUUUUAUUAAAGGACGUAGUAGAAGUGUUUACAGCUACAGACGCUCAUAUUCGCUCUUCGUGUGAAGAUAUAGCGAAAUUUCUACUUAUAAAAGGCACUGAUAAUGUUUCUUACACCCUCGAACAGUUCAAAGAAUAUCUGGAAUUAAUCAGCAGUGAAAACUCAUUUUUAAUGAAAGAAUCGAGUAAAUCCAUACUUUCCGAUUUAUAUGUAUUGCAUCGCAAAGCUAAGUACGGAGAAUCCACUCCCAGACAUUGGACGAUGUACGUCACUGAAGUUAUCGGAAUUUUCAAGCGAUCCCUCAUCAGAAAUGUUCGAGGAUCUUUAAUGUCUGCACUGAAAUUUUUUCGGGUAGCCUCUGUGGCUGAUUCAGAGCCUUUGUUUCACAUCGAGGUCAAUCUAUCUGACAAUAAUUUAGUGUCAUUCAGCCCUGAUUUGAACGAAAUUGGUGCAGCUUUGAACGGUAUCAUUCCGGUGACUACUGAAUAUAUUUAUUCAACAGACGAAUUCACCAGGAUUUUGAAAUUUGGGGCGCAAUCGAGAGAGAAUGAUAAUUUUAUACAUUCUGAUGGAGCUGUGAGAGAUUUAACGAAUACCGUCGAACAAGAGAUAAAGGCUGGAUUGGAAGAGCUCGAAGAGUUCAGAGUAUCAGGUUUAAACGUGGAGCGUCUGUCCAAAAUCGAUGAUAUUGUAAAAUCCUGUGGGCAAGAGAAUGUGCACAAAGAACGAGAGCAAUUGGAGUCUACAAUUCGCUGGUGCGAAGAAAUCCUCGAAAUGGCAAAUGCUUUGGAAAAUAAAAUCAGAAUCCGUUUCGUUUUGUUGAAUACGGAAAACCUGAAAAUUCGGGUAUUAACACAGUGUGAAAAUAUGAAAGACACGCUUUUCGUUGAAUUGAGUAGGUUUAUUGCUUCCGAGCUUGCUUUGCAGCGAAUGCCCGUACAGAAUGAUAACAUGUCAGUAAUCCACUUGUAAUAAAAAAUAAUCACAUGUAGAUGAUAACAAAAUAUGAUACACCUAUUUAUGCCUAGUCUCCUAGUUCCUUCACAUCUCAAUAUAUAUUCAUAAAAUUUCUGAUCUAACUUACAACUAUGUCAUGGAAACAUCAAAAACUCUGGACAAAAAACAUCGAGAGUAUCGAUACUUUGGCAUAUUGCACGAGAAGAGGGUGACUCCAUCGUCUCCUAUUAUUGUAAUUCGUUUUCAACUUUGGCACAUCCAAGAUUCUUCAUAAUGACAGUUGAAAAAAAAUCUCACGGACAAUAAA